UUGUUUGGUUGGUAUUAAAAGAGAGGGAUGGAGAAUCUAGAUGAGUUGGAGCACCCUCUUCUGGGAGAAAGCGCCAACAACAGCCGGGCAUCAGGGCCGGGGCUGGGCCCCGGGAGUGGACAGGCCCCCGGCGGGAUGUUCAAGGGCAUCCUGGUGAAGUGUGAGGAGGACAGGGCCUACCCUCCUUUAGCGUGGAGGGGCUACUGUGGACAUCCUCCCGAGCUUCAGCAGCAGCAGCUACUGGACCCUUGCUCUUUACCUCGCACAAUGGAGUCCUUUUACCCGCCGGCUCCCAUCUGGGGCCACGCAGACUCCCUGCUCAGCAAAGACUACCUGGAGACCACCUUUGUGGACAUUCGGCCCGGCUCCACACUGGAGAGGAAGCUGCUGGCCGAGACGCAGGACUUCCACAGUGUGUCCUACAGCAUGGACGAUGAGGACGACCUGCUUCCCGACUCUGACGACUCCUCCAUUGAUGACUUCAGUGAUACAGACAGUGAGAGCAACUUCCCUCUGAUGAUCCCUCAGGACUACCUGGGUCUGGCCUUCUUCUCUAUGCUCUGCUGCUUCUGGCCCCUGGGCAUCGCUGCCUUCUACCUUUCACAGAAGACCAACAAGGCAUCGGCUGAGGGGGAUUUCCAGGGGGCCAACGCAGCGUCUCGCCAGGCUCUGUGGCUCUCAGUGCUCUCCAUUGUGUUUGGAAUCAUUACGUACAUCUGUGCCAUCGCCGCGUUGAUUUCCUACCUGUCUGGAAAACCGCCAUAAUAGCAACUCUUGCACACACAAAGUAACAGACCUCUCACACAUUUUCAUGAAUAUCAACACAACCUAUCACCUGUAAAUGUUGAAUAAUCACAGUCUUUGUCUGUCGAGCUCUAUCUGCGGUCAUGUUUUAUCUACACCAAGGAGAGCUGGUGUAUAGAUUAUAAUCACUUUUUACUGGAUUAGGACAUGAUUCAAUUCUCGCGCAUGAAGAAAAAUCAUUGAAAAAUAAGUUAUACAAUAUCACUCCAUGUGGAAGAUUCAUGUAAAUGUGAUUUUUUUGUCACCCAAGGACUUAAAGGUAGGGUCGGUAAUCUUUAGAAACCAGUAAGAGUGCUUUCAAUUUAAACAAAUAAUCCAACCAAAACACCCAGCGCAGUGUUGACAAUUAUUUUCCAAUGAAGGUAGCUAGCAGCAUUAGUUCCAAAAGUCGCCGAGUCGGCAACACUGACAAUCCGUCCCUUCAGGCCUCCCUCCAAAGCCACUCCCCUAAAAUUAUCAUUAUGAACUUAAACAAUGAACAUGGCUAUACAUCAGACCGGCAAUACGUCAUCCAGAGUAGGCGCUCAUGACCACGCUUCUUCAAACUUCUACUUCAGACAAAUCGGUAACAGUAAUAACGCUAUGCUGAAGAGUUGCUGUGUAGUUGGUUGCACCGACAAUAAAUCCAAAAACGCUGAUCUCUGAUUUGUUCCCCUGCCGUGUCCUAAAAAAGAUAUAAUAGAGGGGCUCCGAGCUAUAGACCAGACCAGCCUUGCGUCAUCGCCGAGGCUGCGUUCCCUUUAGGGGGAAAGAAAAUCGAUGUCACAGGAGAGAAAAUGAAAAAUGACAAAAAGCUGUUGUGUAGCGGGUUAACAGAGACUUUCACAUUGAGAUUUGAGGCUCAUACGAUACGUUAAUAUGCACUGUCAGUGUGGUAGAUCGCUGAAUGAUGCUGCUGACAGUGACUAGCAUGGCUAGCUGAGGCUGCUGCAGUAAUACAGUCAUACAUUAACGUUAUAGCAGCAUCAGACUGUCGUCUCCAACUAAA